GAUAGUGAAUGUCACCUAUGAGAAAAUCUCAGAAACCUCCUAUGCUGUGGUCUUUACAUUUAACGUGAUUAACAUCAGCAUGCCAGAGGACCCUGUGUCUAGAGGCAACACCAGCCAGAAAGUACAGGAUACCAUCAAUAAUGCGCUGAACACUCUUCUGAAUGAACCCGGAAGUCCAACUUUACAACCCAAGACCUCCAACUUCACGAGCACUUCAAACCAGAUUAAUGGCAGGAUGGGAUACAGCUUCCAGAAUGGAGAUGUCAUACAACCAGUCAGCUUCCUCAAUGAGCUACGUCUACCAACCACUACAACAGUGUUUCCAGUCACAACAACCAGUGUUUCUGUUACUACUCCAAAACUCAUAUCUGGUUCAGCAGUGGUCACAGGCAAGCUGGUGUUCAACUCCUCAUCUCCAGUGCCCAGUGAAUCUCUGGUCCUCAGUGCUAUCAAUACUCUCCGUCAUUCCAGAGAGUCACAGCUCAAUGAAUCGGUGAAGAUAGUGAAUGUCACCUAUGAGAAAAUCUCAGAAACCUCCUAUGCUGUGGUCUUUACAUUUAACGUGAUUAACAUCAGCAUGCCAGAGGACCCUGUGUCUAGAGGCAACACCAGCCAGAAAGUUCAGGAUACCAUCAAUAAUGCGCUGAACACUCUUCUGAAUGAACCUGGCAGUCCAACUUUACAACCCAAGACCUCCAACUUCACGAGCACUUCAAACCAGAUUAAUGGCAGGAUGGGAUACAGCUUCCAGAAUGGAGAUGUCAUACAACCAGUCAGCUUCCUCAAUGAGCUUCGUCUACCAACCACUACAACAGUGUUUCCAGUCACAACAACCAGUUUUUCUGUUACUACUCCAAAACUCAUAUCUGGUUCCGCAGUGGUCACAGGCAAGCUGGUGUUCAACUCCUCA